AUGGUAGACUAUGUCUCCUCAGAUCAUAUAUAUGGAGUGGUAGGGAAAUCCUCCUCCGGAGUUGAUGGUGAAAACCUCCUCUAUGUAGCGGAGUUGAUGACUAUGUCUCCUCCCAGAUCUAAAUUUCUGUCUUUCAAUUUAUGCCUUUCAAUUUUGUUAUUCUGUUUAAAGUUUUCAAAAGAAUUCAGUGGCCUGAUGGUGCCACGAUUUGAGAUUAAGGAUGGAGAUACUUGUCUAGCAGACAGUGCUACGACACAUACAAUACUCAAAGAUAAGAAGUAUUUCUCCUAUCUCAAAAUGAAAGACUCCGCUGAAAGCGUGAGUACUAUAUGCGGUAGUGCAAAGAUAAUACUUGGCUCUGGGAGUGCAAGUUUUUCAUUGCCAAGGGGAACGAAAUUUGAAGUGCGAGAUGCACUAUAUUCCCCGAGUCUCACCGGAACUUAUUAA